ACAUCCCGCACGCAGUCCAUAGACCCACAAAUCGAUAACGUUUUUAAUUGUAAAUAUUAGGAUUAUUUUCUCUCUCUCCCCAAUUUUAUAUGAUUAUUAUUUACUUGUACGUUAAAAUGAGAUGUCGUCUCGAGGAGUCACUUCAGUUUGUCUCCUGCAUUCGAAUCGGACACUUUACAAAUUGUCUCGCCAAAAGUGCCUGGACAUUUUUUUGUUUUUUGUAAAAUUAAUUUAAAAAUAAGUGUGUUGAAUAAAGUUUAUUGUGCCAAAGUGAAUUAACAAUGAUUUUGUGAUUUUGUUGAGUGUUUUACAAUUAAUUCCGAAAGUUUAAGAAAAGGAAUAAAUAAAUUGGAAAGUGAAGAUUUUACUGGGGAAUUCAUCAUGCCGAAUACGAACGUUGAGAAUUUAUUUGGAUCUUGGAUGGCAAGGAAUGAGGGACGUGCUGGAUCUUCCAGUCCUAAAUAUACCCCAUUCAAUUCUCGUCACAAUUCACCGGUUUCACUGCCCUCAUCACCAAUUUCCACAUCACCCUUGUCCACGUCUCCACCGUCUACGUUGAGGCGUAGCUACUCGAGUACUUUUACUUUGAUUCCUGAAGAUCGGGCAGUUGAUGAGCCUAUAAUGAUUCAGCAGGGAAAUUAUCGAACAGAUUCCCAUGGAUUGUUCUUCAGGCUUUUGCUGUGGUGGCCAAUUUUUCUGCUGAAACUCUUCCAGUUGGUCUUUAGGAAGGUGUCGGGUUUUGUGUGGAAUCCUUUUCGCAUAGCAGCACCGACUUUCUGGAUAUCAGCAGGAUUGUGGAUUUUUUGGAAGUUUGUUGGGUUUCCAUUGGCUCUGUUUAAGUGGAUUUUGAUUCGUCUGCAUACGCCAUCGGCAGAGAGAAAUCGCCGGAAGAGGACGGUGCUGAUUAGUGGAGGCAGUACCAUUCAGACACUGCAUCUGGCCAGGAAUUUCUACACUGCUGGCUCGAGAGUUGUGGUAUUUGAGUUUGAGGGACUCUUUGGGCUGGCCAGAUUCUCAACGGCAGUCAGUAAAUUUUACACAGUGCCGUGUCCAGCUCCAGAUUCAGCCCAUGAAUACGUGGCAGCUCUGUGUGAGAUUGUGGAGAAGGAGAAGCCAUCUUUCUACAUUCCAACUUCUGCCACGAGUGCUGCACACUAUGAUGCUCUGGCUAAGCCUCAUCUUGAGCUCCUGGGAUGUCUGUCCUUCAUCCCAGGUGCUCAGGAAGUUUCAGUGUUGGAUGAUAUAAUGGAAUUGAUGGUGAAGUGUCGAUCAAAUGGAAUUGCCUUGCCGCCACAUAGGAUUGUCCAGAGCAAAGAGGAUCUCUUCAGGCUGUAUGACAUUGGAUGGUUGUCAGGAUUCAGGAAUAUUAUAAUAUCAGCUGGACCAAUGGGAAUUCUCGAACGCAAUAAAUUCAUUUUGCCCAGCAACAGACGUGAUUUGAGACUGACUUAUGAGAUCAGCGAACAACGCCCAUGGAUGGUUAUUAGAGAUCUUCCAGGAUCUCACUAUAUCACCUGCACUACAAUCAAAGAGUCCAGAGUUGUGGCCAAUGUGACGUGCCUGGUGAAUUCUGAUACGAAAAGUCUCGUGCCUGAGUGCAAUGAAGAGGUGGAAAAAUGGCUGAAGGAUUUCUUCAAUAAGAUCCGCUUCCAGCGUCCAAUCAAUGCUCACGUGAGCUUCAGACUGGUCAAGUGUGAUCUCAGUGGAAAUCUUUUGCCCAUGGGAACAAGAGUUGGAGUAUCUCUGCCCUAUAUCUGCUACACUGGUGUUCAUCCUCGGGUUCUGUGGAAGCCCUGCCCACAUUUUUCCCGGCAGAAUUCUGGUCCUCUUGUCCAGGAGGGUGGAAGGUACUGGAUGCAUGAAGCUGUCCUCAAUACUCUUCGUCAUCCUUCGGUGGAUGCUGUUGGGAAGCUGAUUGGAACGGUUCUCGAUAAAAGGGAAGCUCUAUUUGUCUUCUGGGAUCCACUUCCUUACUGCGCCUACUAUCACUUCCAGCUGCCCUUCAAUUCCGUCAAGCAAUUCCUGCAGAAGAGGCAAGCUUCGCGCCACACAGCAACUACAAUGACGGCACCAGUUCAUUAACCAUCUUCAUUUUUUUUUCUUACUGAAAUCCCUCGUGAGAGAUUAAUUUUUUUUUGAGUGUAUUGUGAUUCUCUUAAGCAUUCCCUUCCCUCUUGUACACUAAUCUCAAUCUAAGCACUGUUGAUGAAGUGAUGUGAAAAAAUUUGCAAGGAGGAUUUAUGUUUUAUAAUUGAUUCACUGAGAGAAAUCCGAAAAAGUUAAAAUAACAUUCCGGAAAUGUUAAUUUUACCCUGCAUUAUUGAUCCGAAAUCGGUGUAAAUAUUGCCCUUUUUAGGUGUAUUGGGGGUAAAAGUUACCCUUUUUCAUGUUAAUUUUACCCUUAAAAAGGUGUAAAAUUAACAUUAAAAAAUGUUGAUAUAUUUUUACACCUUAAAAUGUUAAAGUUACGAGUAAAAAAAAGUUAAUCGCACACUUUUUUUUUCUCAGUGUUCGAAAAAUGUCUGUUAAGCAGACUAACUGUGUUAUCACACUUGCAACUUUAAAAUUUUAAUAUGAUUGACAUUAAUUGUCGCUGGUGAGAGUCCAAAGGUGUAAUUUGUGUGUUUCAUAAAUUUUAUAUUCAAAAUUUUAUCUAUGUGUAUCCUUACUCAUUACACAAAAACUGAAUCUUUGUGUUACCUUUCUCAUUAUACAAAAAAAAAAUUCUUGGGUAACUUUGCUCAUUACACAGAAAAUGUUUCUUGUGUAAUUUUGCUCUUGGCACAAAACAUGUUUCUUGUGUGACCUUUCUCAUUACACAAAAAUGUAUCUUGUGUAUCCUUGCUCUUUGCACAAAAAAAUAUAUAUCUUUGUGUAUCCUUGUUCUUUAUGCAAAAAAUGUGUUCUGUGUUACCUUUCUCAUUAUACAAAAAAAUGAUCCUUGUGUAACUUUGCUCAUUACACAAAAAGGUGUCUUCUGUAAUUUUGCUUAUUAUACAAAAUUAUACCUUGCUCUUUAUACAAAAAACAUUUUUGUGUGACUUUACUUAUUACAUAAAAAUGUAUCUUGUGUAUCCUUGCUCUUUACACAAAAAUUGUAUCCUGUGUAAUUUUGCUCAUUACACAAAAGGGAUUUAAAAAAAAAAUUGUAAAUAUUUGUCAAUUAAUUCUAAAUAAUUCCUCCUUGGAGAACUUUAAAUAUUGAUGAUGAAACUCUAUAAUAUUAAAGCAACUCAGUGGACUUGGGACUUAUUUUUUAUAAAUAUUAAUCUAAGGCAAUGCAAAAAAAAUUCCAACAUGUUGCAAAAUAUGACACUUCCCUUAAGAAAUAUCAAUUGAUUUUUAGGUUAUUUAGUAAGUAAAAGCUAUAAUAGAAUUAUGUAACUCAGAAGUACAAUUAAUCAUGGACAAUAUUAGUGUGUAAAUAUUAUGUUUUUUUUUCGUGGUGGAAUUGGUGUAAUUUCCUUUCCACACGAGAUUGAUAACUUUCAACAAUACUCUUAUUGAACUUCUGUAUAGCAAGAGAUAAAAGAUGACUUGGUUUUUGCCUUCAAUAUACUCUCUUGAUUGUGUGUUAAUUUUAUUCAUUAAUUUUUUAAUGAUAAAGUUGGAAAGAUGUAAAAACAGUUCAAAGUUUAUACCUCUAAUGAUAUUUUUAUUGAAUAUUGUUUUGAUUCAGUCUCUUUAGAAUUAUUUUUGUGACUUUUAUGAUAUUAUAAUAUGUGUUUGAAUGAAAUUCACUUUUUGAAUGAAGUAUUGGCGCAGACAACAAAAAAUUAUUAUUGCUUGAACUCUGUAUAGAAAAAAUAUAAUCGUUAUGUUAUUUAUUUGUAUGUGCAAUUUUAUUAUUACACUUUUGUUUCUACUGAUAUUUGAAAUCUACUUACAGUGUGACAUAAAAGUUUCUAUAUCAUGAAUAACGAUAAGAAAUUGAACGAAUUCCAAUAGACUGACUUUAUUAGGAAAAUCUUUAAUUUAUUCCACAUGGGAGUAAAUUCUAAUUUAAUAAUUAUUCAUAUGGAUUUAAUUAUUUAAUUCCACAAAAUCUUUGAGUUAUGCACUACGUUUUCUGAUUGGCUGGAGCUUAAAAGCUCUUAAAAGCUCUUACAAGCUCCAGCCAAUCAGAAUAAGCGAUGGAACUAAAAUAUUUUAUGGAAUAAAUUUUUACAUUCCUUAUGCAUAAUACUCUAAACUUUUUUAUCACACUGUAAAAAAAUAUUGUGAAAGGGAUUGGAGAUUUAUGAAUGAACUAAAAUAAUAUGAGAUAUGUGAAUAUUUUGAUAAAAAUACCUGUAGUAGAUAUAAAUAUAUUUUAAAAACAAAUAUCAUGCAAGCACUUAUUUAAAGAAGAAAUACAAUUAACAAACUUAUUUAUUUUAGAAUGCUAUAUAUUACAAAAUUUACUAUUACUUAAAAUGGUGCUAUAAAUUAAAUUUAAGCUAUUUAAUAACAUUAUGCAACGAUUUUGAAUUCUUUUUGUGGUUUAGGGGUGUCAUUCUAUCUCUGUUUUUUUGGUUUGGAUCAAUCAUCUUCGAAACAAAUCUUAUAACAGUGCCCACUGACAGACGCUGAAAAUGACAGAUAUCCGCUUCGUUAUUCGAAUGGAUUUUUUAAUUUGUUCAACGUCUCGAAAAGAAUUAUUAGAAUGAAAGUUUUAAAUAAGAUUAAAAAGACAUAAUUAGAGAAUUCUAUGCUAUUACACUUCAUUUAUUAAACGAAAAAUUACAGGAUAAUUCAUUUUCAUUGCUGAACACACAUGCAUACAUAACCUCAAAAUUAUUUUAAAUACAACCGUCGAGAACUCGUCCAGAUUAAGCCGAUACGGGUUAGAGAACGAGCUCUGCAAUUUGGUUUUUUGAUCUUUAGCGCCCGCAAUUUUGGCAAAACUGUUUUGUCGUUUUUUCAGUACUUUUGUAAUUAUAGCUCUGAUUCUACUAAACCGAUUUUAUUCUUCAUAAAAGAGAAGUUGAAGGUCUUUAAAUGUGAAUUCUCUAGAACUUGAGAAGUUUUAAAAAUAAACACCAUAGGCGCUGAGGUCGCAUUUAAAUAAAGAAAUUUUGUAAUCCAAAAUUCAUUUUUCCACACAGAAAAACACAUUUGGUAAAAUUGUUCGUAAAUGUUUGUGAAAUUCUACUGGGAACUUACAAAAUACUCGUAAAUAAAAAGAGUGUGUUGUAAGUUUACGAAAUAAAUAAAAAAUGGUUUUGCUGCAGAUAGGUAAGGGUUCACUGAAAACCCCAUGUCAAUGUCUCUUACCGUUUGGCCUUCGAAAAAAAAAAACGGACAAACACUCGAAAAAAUACACAAAAAAUGGGGAAUGCACAGAAAAAAAAUAUCGUGAAAAUGUUUGUAAAUGUUUGUGACUUCCUACUGUGAACUUACAAAAUGUUCGUAAACCUAUAACCUUCUGAAAAAAUCCUAAAAGUUUGUACUUUUUCACAAACAUUGUUCUUAGCGUGAUCAUUUGACGAGUAUUUUUUAUACUUUUACAAACAUUUGUUCGUAAAUGUUCGUAAACACACAAAAAAUGUUCGUAAAUUUUAUCUUUGUUUGUCUGGCAAAAAUUUACAAACAAAUGACAAAAUUUUACGAACAUUUACGAACAAAUGUUUGCGAAAAAUUACAGACUUUUACGAACUUGUUUGUUGGUUACACGUUUUAUCAGUAUUUCGUAAGUCUCCAGUAGAAAUUCACGGACAGUUACGAAUAAUUCUACAUUUUUUUUCUGUAAAAGAACAAAAACUCCUUGUUAAUUGAUUAUGUCACGAACAAAGCUUUUUAAAAAAGUACAAAUUUACAAGCGAUUUACAAGCGCUUUGAAAGUCCCAAAUGGGAGAUCACAAACAUUUACGAACAUUUUUAAUUUAUUUUUUUCCGUGCAUUCUCCAUUUGCGUAUUUUUCUCGAGUAUUGUACGUCUGUUCAAAGACCAAACGGUAAGAGAUAUCGACUUAUGGUUUUCAGUUAACCUCUCUCUAUUUCCUUGAAAAACAUAUUUUUCGUUUAUUUCAGAAACUGCUAACAGAAUCUUGUCAUAGUUCAAAACUUGUCUAAUUUGUCAGAGGUUCAGAGGCUAAACGGUAACAGAUACCGACUUCUCGUAUUCGCUGACCCCUCCCCCACCAUUUUCUUCUAAUUUAGUUUAUUUUGUAUCUGAUUGAACCAAAUCAACAAUAAAAAACCAUCAUGAAAUCCCAAAUUGAAAUUCAUCGUUGCAUAGUGUAAUAUUUUGUGAAGAUAAUGAAGAAGAUUUUUUCGUAUAUUUUAUGCGGAAUAUGAUUAAUAAUAAGACACUAUCGAUGUAAGUUGUUCAUUUAUUUUUUUGGCUUAAAAGAAAAUAUCCUCUCGUAAAUGUUUCUAUCUGUAUACUUCCUCGAAGCCAUGAUAAUCCAUAAAAUAUGUACAUGGGAAAACAAACUGAAAUAAUAAACGGCGAAAAAGGAGGUUUUGCUUUUGAUUUAUAUCAAGCGAUAGUUUGCGUGCACUUACUUACCUAAUAUAUAGCGAUAAAGUCAAGCAAAAAUUUCCUCACAUUCCUCACUAUCACCAUCCUUAUAAAAUAUAUAUUGAUUGACUAUU